AUGAUGAAAUUCUUUUUCUUAUUUAUUUAUUUCGUUCCAUUAACAUUACAAAAUGAAAUUAUUAGUCAAUAUAAUAAUAAUUUUUCGGUCAUUUUAAAUUUAAUUGAUAUUCCACAAUUUAUUGAUCAUGGUUGGAUACCAGUUGUUGAUACAUCUAAUACAAUACUUACCGAAAAUCUCAUAUCAACACUUGAUAUUGUUGAUACAAAUAUUACUAAUUUAACAAAUCUUGCUGUUCGAACACCAUUUUCUUGGAAUUAUCAAGCAGCGACUCUUGUUCUUAUCAAUAUAAAUUCAAAAUUUACAAAUAUUUCUAGAUCUAAUUUAUUCAAUACAUUUAUUCUUCUAGCAACAUAUCGUUCUGUUAGAGAUGCAUCAGGAACAUUAUUUUCUUUAUUAGACAACAAUAGAACAUCUAUAUUUGAAGUAAAAAUUAAUACAAAUAUUACUGUAACUUAUCAUUAUGAUAAAAAAAUAGAACAACUUAUUUUUCAUCACACAAGAUUUGUAGCUAAUGAUGGAUUAUGGCAUCAAAUUGUUCUUUUAUUUGGAUUUGAAUCCGUUACACUUCAAUUUGAUGAUCAGUUAGAUGAUGAAAUUAAACUACCAUUAAAUACCAUUCAAACAUCAGAAAUAUUUGCUAUACCAAAUGUUGCUCUUUUGGGUUCAAAUAAUUAUCAAGAAUAUCUAAAUGAUUCAUUUUUUAAGGGUGAUAUUAAAGAUAUUCUUAUCAUUGAAUGGGAUCCAUCUAUCGAUGAAAACAAUCUUGUACCUAAAGCUAUGAGAAGUUAUCGUCAAAAUCGAAAACUUCAUCAAAAAGGACAACGUUUGAAAAAUCCUUCAUUGUCAAAACAAACAGAACAAUUUGAAAUAGGACCAUCAGGUCAACCUGGAAGAUCUGGACGACCUGGUCUUAAUGGACCAAUAGGUGCACCAGGAGCUCCAGGCCAUUUGAUUGUUAUUCCUUCACCCAUUCAUGAUGAGCAUGAUCCAGAAUCUUUUGUCCGCGCAAUGCAAGGAAUACUUAAUACAUAUACACAUAUUCUAACAGGUCGUCCUGGUGCACCAGGACGACCGGGUCUACCUGGUCUUAUGGGACAACAAGGUUUACGAGGCAUCAAAGGAGACAGAGGCGAAUCUGGACCAUUAGGACCUCAAGGUGAAACUGGUCCAAUUGGACCUCGUGGACCACCAGGACCACAGGGUUCACGUGGACAAACUGGAAGCCGUGGUAAUCAAGGUCUUCCCGGUCCAAAAGGUGCACAGGGACUACGUGGUUUUCCUGGGAUUCAAGGUGAAAAGGGUAGUAAGGGUAAAACAGGUCCUGUUGGUGAUCAAGGAGAGACAGGUCCCAUAGGAGUUAAGGGCAAUAAAGGUGUAAUUGGACCACGUGGACCUCAAGGACAAAUGGGUUCACAAGGUUUAACUGGUCCAAAAGGUAACACGGGACUAAUUGGUUUAACUGGUGAACAAGGAAUACAAGGUCCUCAAGGUCUUAAAGGAGAUAAAGGAGAUAGAGGCGAGAAAGGAGUCAUUGGUUUAACUGGUUCUAUUGGUCCAAUUGGACUUACUGGUCUAAAAGGUCUGAAAGGAGAAGUUGGACCAACAGGAUGUCAAGGUAUUCAAGGACCACAAGGACCUAUUGGACCUCAAGGAUCACCAGGUGACGUUGGUCAGAAAGGUGAAACUGGUGAAACAGGACCUAAAGGAGAUCAAGGUAUCAUCGGUCCAACGGGACCUAAAGGCAUUAUUGGUGAAUAUGGAUUGACGGGUGAAAGAGGUGUAAAAGGUCAGAAAGGUGAACAAGGAUUAAAAGGUAUAAUAGGUAUAACUGGUGAUAAAGGAGACACAGGUGAUGUUGGACCACAAGGAUUACAAGGACCAGUAGGUGAUGUAGGUCCAAUUGGUUUGACUGGUAUUCAAGGUGUAAAAGGAGAAAAGGGAGAAGUUGGUCAAAAAGGUGAUAUUGGUAUUCAAGGAAUACAAGGCAUACAGGGUCCGAUUGGUCUCACUGGUGUUAUUGGAUUAACGGGUCCAAAAGGUAGCAAAGGUAAUCAAGGACAAAAAGGUGAUACAGGAGCUCGUGGAGAGACUGGACAACAAGGUAUUCAAGGAAUUUCAGGACUACCAGGUAUUCAAGGUGAAACAGGUCCAAUAGGACCUAAAGGCGAUCAAGGUGAGAAAGGAGACAAAGGAAUUAUUGGACCACAAGGUCCUCAGGGACAACAAGGUCCAAUUGGAUUCACCGGUGAUAAAGGUGAUCAAGGCAUAAUUGGUCCUAUUGGCGAAAAAGGCGAUCGUGGUGAAAAAGGCGAUCAAGGACUUAAAGGUGAACAAGGUAUUAUUGGUCCCAUAGGAAUAACUGGAGAAAAGGGUGAACAAGGUCCAGUAGGUCCAAUAGGAGUCGAUGGACCUCAGGGAGAAAGAGGAGAUAAAGGUGAUACUGGACUAAAAGGAAUUCAAGGUGAAAUUGGACCACAAGGAUUCAAAGGUGAUACUGGUAAAAAAGGAGACACAGGACCAAUUGGACCAAAAGGCGAUAAAGGAGAGAUCGGAAUUAUAGGAUUACAAGGUGAAAAAGGUGAUACAGGUCCAAUUGGCAUAAUUGGACCGACAGGACCUAUUGGAGAAACUGGACCAAAAGGUGAACAAGGUGAAAAAGGUGACAAAGGUGAUGAUGGAAUUAAAGGUCAAAAUGGAGAGAAAGGUAUCGAAGGUAUACAAGGUCCUCGUGGAGAAACCGGUGAAAAAGGAGAUACUGGUGAAGUAGGUGAAAUUGGUCCAAAAGGUGAAAUAGGAGAAAAAGGUGAUCAAGGUUUACAAGGACCUGUAGGACCACAAGGUUCUCAAGGUGAACAAGGACCACAAGGAAUCAAAGGUUCAACAGGUUCACAAGGUCCAAAAGGUGAUCAAGGUAUUACGGGUCCAACUGGAAAACAAGGACCAAAAGGAGCCACUGGCCCUGUGGGUGAACGAGGACUUCAAGGACAAAAAGGAGAAGUUGGCUCAAGAGGACUAAAAGGAAAUACUGGACCUGCAGGUCCACCGGGACCAAGCGGAGAAAGAGGUCCAAAAGGUGACCGAGGACCACGUGGAGAUCCAGGAGAACCUGGUGAUCGAGGACCACAAGGACCUCCAGGAACAAAUGGUCAACCUGGAAAUGCUGGACCACCUGGACCACCGGGUGUAGUUGGUAUACAAGGAGCAAAAGGAACGGAUGGAUCACGAGGAGCCAAAGGUGAUAAAGGUUCAACAGGUCCACCGGGUCCACCAGGUCCACCUGCUGAUACUCUAUUAUCAAGUGAUCUUGCUUCAGGUGAACAUCAUUCCAAAAAAGUUCAAUGGCCUCCUCAUAGAUUACGUCGUUCAAUAAUACCAGUUGAAGAAAAUAUUCAAUUAAAUUCUAUUGCAUUUCAAUUACUUCAUAUAUUAGAUAAUAUGGCAAAUCAAUUGAAUCAAAUUGAAUCACCAAUAGGUCUUCAACGUGAUAAUCCAUUUCAAUCAUGUCUUGAUCUUCAUGAUCAAUCAAAAAUAGGAAAAUAUUGGAUUGAUCCAAAUCAUGGAAGUACAUUAGAUGCUAUUGAAGUUAAUUGUAUUAUUGAAAGUGGUAGAAAAAAAACUUGUUUACAACCAAAUGACGAUCAACAAAAACAAAUUAAUUAUGGACCGAUAUCUCAAAUACGUUUUUUACAAAUUCUUUAUAAUCAAAUCGAACAAAAUUUAACUUAUGAAUGUAAUAAUGAACUUCAAACAAAUAUUACAUUUGUAUCUCUUGAUGAUAUUCAUUAUAAUAUUAAUCAAUUAUCAAAUGUAAUUAUAUAUGAUGAAUGUCAGAAUAAACAACAAGGAUCAAUCAAAUAUGUUAUUAAUACAUCUGAUACACAUCUAUUACCUAUUAUUGGUAUUAUAUCAUUAAUUAAAAAUAUACGUCUUAGUCAAGUGUGUUUUUUUUGA